AUGCAGGCCACUCGCCGACUCCUACAACACCGACAGCCCAUGAUCAAGUUUGUUGGAAGACGGCACACUCCUCCUCAGAGUGAGACCUGCCAAAAUCUCCAUGCUCGAUCGCGCUGACGUCGCCCUCAGAAGUCGACCACUCUCCCCACGUUCACCCCGAGUCUCCUACCAAGUCCCUCCCCGGGUCGUUCGCCUCGUACCGCGAGAAGGCAACUCAGCAUGGUCCUCUGAAAUCUGGCAAUGGCCAGGCUGCACCAUCAGGUGCAAGCAGCCCAUCGGCGUCCGUACCACCCCAGAACCCAUAUGGAGCGAUUGGAGGCAGGAGCGCGAAGGAGCUGGGACCGAUAAGACCAGGAAAGGGAGAGUUCUUCGAUCGGAGCGAGCUGCCAGAGCGCUUCCACCGUACUCCGUGGACCCAGGCUGAGAUUGAAGCCGUGGAGAGCGGAGGGGCUAGCAUGUUCGCGUGA